AUACAUCUCAUUAUUGUAAUCCAUUUUUGAAUAUUGAAUAAGGGUUGUAGACGUCGACCGUCUGUAUUCAAUGGAGAGAUGCUACGCUGCGAGCCUCAUUACAUGAAUAUGCAUAGCCACUCUCUCCCAAUAGUGUUCAGGUCAAGGAUGAACUCUUUCAUGCAAGGACACUUGGUACUCCACAACUGUAGGGGGUGGUAAAUUCAACAAUUUAUGUUUGCAACAAAGCGGUAGUCCAAAAGUAAGAAUUGUCCACAAUGCUGUAGAUAGACUUGAUUUGUCUACAUUAUAAUCGAUAAAGAUGAAAUUGCAUCUCUUUCUUUCAGUACUGUCUGUCAGGUCACCCCACCCUGCCUUGCAAUGUCCUCAAAUUCAAAUCCACCACCAUCAUGUUGGACUGUGGGCUGGACACGACCUCUGUCCUGCAGUUUCUACCACUGCCUCUGGUGCACAGCCCAAGGCUUUCCAAGCUUCCUGGAUGGGUGUCUAAAGAUGGCACAAUAAACCUUGAGAAGGAGCUGAAAGAGUGUGCAGGUCGCGUCUUUGUAGACUCACAGCCAGAGUUCUGUCUCCCUGAGAAAGAGCUGCUGGACCUGUCCACCAUAGACGUCAUCCUGAUCUCCAACUACCAUUGUAUGAUGGCCCUGCCUUACAUCACCGAGCACACAGGCUUCACUGGGACUGUGUAUGCCACAGAACCAACGCUGCAGAUCGGCAGACUUCUGAUGGAGGAGCUGGUAAACUUCAUGGAGAGAGUUCCCAAGGCCCAGUCUGCUACCUGCUGGAAGUAUAAGGAAAUACAAAGGCUGCUCCCUGGUCCGCUGAAGGAUGCUGUUGAAGUGUCGACUUGGAAGAGAUGCUACAGUAUGCAGGAUGUCAACUCUGCUCUCAGCAAGGUGCAGCUCGUGGGCUACUCGCAGAAAGUGGAGCUGUUUGGUGCCGUGCAGGUCACACCCCUGAGCUCUGGUUACUCAUUGGGUAGCUCUAACUGGAUCAUCCAAUCACAUUAUGAGAAGGUUUCGUAUGUCUCUGGCUCCUCCCUCCUCACCACACAUCCACAGCCCAUGGAUCAGAGCUCCCUAAAGAACAGUGACGUUCUGAUUCUGACGGGCCUCACACAGAUGCCAACCGCCAACCCAGAUGGCAUGCUAGGGGACUUCUGCAGUAACCUAGCCAUGACGAUCCGUGCGGGUGGCAACGUGCUGGUGCCAUGCUAUUCCUCGGGGGUGAUCUAUGAUCUCCUGGAGUGUCUUUACCAGUUCAUAGAGAACGCCAAUCUAGGCUCCACCCCCUUCUACUUCAUCUCGCCCGUCGCCAACAGCUCUCUGGAGUUCUCACAGAUCUUCGCAGAGUGGCUUUGUCACAAUAAGCAGUCCAAGGUCUACCUUCCAGAACCUCCUUUCCCUCACGCUGAGCUCAUUCAGACGAACAAGUUGAAGCAUUACCCCAGUAUCCAUGGCGACUUCAGCAGUGAGUUCCGGCAACCGUGUGUGGUGUUCACCGGACACCCCUCUCUUCGCUUCGGGGACGUAGUGCACUUCAUGGAACUGUGGGGCAAAUCCAGCCUCAACACUAUAAUCUUCACUGAACCAGACUUCUCCUACCUGGAUGCGUUAGCACCGUACCAGCCCCUAGCCAUGAAGUGUGUCUACUGCCCCAUUGACACUCGCCUCAACUUCCACCAGGUCUCCAAGCUGCUCAAGGAGGUCCAGCCUCUCCAUGUGGUGUGUCCAGAGCAGUACACCCAGCCCCCACCAGCCCAGUCCCACCGCUCAGACUUGAUGCUGGAGCUGCAGCCCCCUCCCAUGCCCUAUCGCCGCUGCUCUGUGCUGGGCCUACCCUUCAGACGCCGCUGGGAACGCAUCCAGCUGCUGCCAGAGCUGGCCAAAUCCCUAGUGCCCUCUGAGAUCAAACCUGGCAUCUCUGUAGCAACUGUGUCCGCAGUUCUGCAGUCCAAGGAUAACAAGCAUACGUUGCAGCCAGUCCCCAAGCCUCCUCCGCUGCCCCCCAGUAAGAAGAGGAAGCGUGUAGUAGAGGAGCCCCCAGAAGUGCUGGCCCCCAAACCCCUGCUCAGUGGAGCUGUACCCCUGGAAGCCUUCUUAGCCAUGCUACACAAGCACGGUAUCACGGAGGUCAAGGUAGAGGAGACCGCAGACGGCCACAUUCUGCACCUGCAGGCCGAGGACACCCUGAUCCAGCUGGAGGAGGACGGGACACACAUUGUGUGUGACGACAACGAGCCACUCCGUACCGCUCUCAGGGACCUGGUGCUGCGCUUCCUCAUGAAACUUUGACCUUCAACGGCACCGAUUUUCCUCAAUGUGCGCGUUUGAGUGUUACAUUGCAGUUGGCAACUGCAGACGGACUGUUCUGGCAUUCUAAAUGGCUACUUAUUAUAAUUGGUAGAUCAGUCCAUCGAGUCACCAACUGCUAUGUAGUCAAUCUCAAAUAUGCACUUUCUCUACUGCAAUAGCUGGAAGUGGCUUCCUCAGCUUGUCUCCUCUGUUCAGCUGGUGAUGUCAUUGUUGUUUGUUUUGUGUGUAAGCAGGUAGUACUUUUAUAAAUAGUCUUGUAAUAAACUACAUUAAGGAAAAAGUAACUUUUAUUGAUUCAAAAGAAUCAUCGCACACACAAAAUGUCUAGGACCAAUAUUAGAAUCAGUUCUGAAGGGUCCUGUAUUCACUAGCAUACACUUUCAUUUGAGUCUUUUCAGGGUAAAGUAACAAACAGUGGGAAGUCAGUGAAAAUUCCUCCGGAUUCCACAGGAGGGUGUGACAGUACUUUACAGACGCCAUUUUGUAGAAUUCCUUAUUCCAUAAUUGCAGUUCCUCAAUACUGUCACUUGGAGGUCAUGAAAACCAGAUUUAUCAUGCUGAUAGAGUACAAUACUAGAAUAGGCUCCAUUUAGUCAAAGUACAUCACUGCCAAAUGCUUUAAGACAGGACAGCUCAACCCUCCAUUAUGCAUGAUUAGAUUUCAUAAUUUACAGGGAAAAUAAUUGUUAUAGCUUAAACUCUCGUGACAUGACCAAGUCCACAUUUCUUCAGUGAAGGGGUCUGUAGCCAGGUUUUGGUUUUGGACUGGAGCAAGACCGAUUGGAACAGAAGAGUUAGUUCAUUUUAGUUGUCAUGAUUUUGAUGUUCCCCUAACAGGAUUGAGCUGAUAAGCCUCAGUGUGGAAACAAACUAUAGAACCAGCUUUUAGGUUACAAAAUACAGUGGAAGUCAGAAGUUUACAUACACCUUAGCCAAAUACAUUUUAAACUCAGUUUUUCACAAUUCCUGACAUUUAAUCCUAGACCAAUUCCCUGUCUUAGGUCAGUAAGGAUCACCACUUUAUUUUAAUGUGAAAUGUCAGAAUAGUAAUUUAUUUCAGCAUUUAUUUCUUUCAUCACAUUCCCAGUGGGUCAGAAGUUAACAUAUACUCAAUUAGUAUUUGGUAGCAUUGCCUUCAAAUUGUUUAAUUUGGGUCAAACAUUUCAGGUAGCCUUCCACAAGCUUCAUACAAUAAGUUGGGUGAAUUUUGGCCAAUCCUCCUGACAGAGCUGGUGUAACUGAGUCAGGUUUAUAGGCCUCCUUGCUCACACACAUUUUUUCAGUUUUGCACACACAUUUUCUAUGGGAUUGAGGUUUUGUGAUGGCCACUCCAAUACCUUGACUUUGAUGUCCUUAAGCCAUUUUGCCACAACUUUGGAAGUAUGCUUGGGGUCAUUGUCCAUUUGGAAGACCCAUUUGCAACCAAGCUUUAACUUCCUGACUGAUGUCUUGAGAUGUUGCUUCAAUAUAUCCACAUUUUCCUCCCUCAUGAUGCCAUCUAUUUUGUGAAGUGCACCAGUCCCUCCUGCAGCAAAGCACUCCCACAACAUGAUGCUGCCACCCCCGUGCUUCACGGUUGGGAUGGUGUUCUUCUGCUUGCAAGCCUACCCCUUUUUCCUCCAAACAUAAUGAUGGUGAUUAUGGCCAAACAGUUAUAUUUCUGUCUCAUCAGACCAGAGGACAUUUCUCCAAAAAGUAUUCUGAGGUCUUGGCUGAUUUGUUUUGAUUUUCCCACGAUGUCAAGAUAAGAGCCACUGAGUUUGAAGGUAGGUCUCGAAAUACAUCCACAGGUAAACCUCUAAUUGACUCAAAUUAUUUCAAUUUACCUAUCAGAAGCUUCUAAAGCCAUUACAUAAUCUUCUGGAAUUUUCCAAGCUGUUUAAAGGCACAGUCAACUUAGUGUAUGUAAACUUCUGACCCACUUGAAUUGUGAUACAGUGAAUUAUAAGUGAAAUAAUCUGUCUAAACAAGUGUUAGAAAAAUGACUUGUCAUGCACAAAGUAGAUGUCCUAACCGUCUUGCCAUAACUAUAGUUUGUUGACAAGAAAUUUGUGGAGUGGUUGAAAAACCGAGUUUUAAUGACUCCAACCUAAGUGUAUGUAAACUUCAACUGUAUACUGAGAGAGCAGGUGGAGGUAUAGGCCAUAUCGUCUCAAGUAUUUCCCUUAGGCUAGAUCAUGUUACAGGCAGGGCACAGAGAUCCCUAAAGCAACAACCAGCGCCUCUGGCAACAAAAUGAUAAGCAAUUGUUUCAAGAGCAGUAGACUGAUGUAAACCAACUUCAAACUACUUUACCCAUAGCCUGAAAAGCACCCGAGAGUGCAACAUAAUCCAAAUCAGGAAUUUCCAGGACACUGCCCAUUUGUGUUGUAAAAUAUUUAAUUGAUCAAAUACAUAUAUCCUUUAAAUGUAAAAUAUAUUAAAUAUACAGUGUACUACAUGAGCAUUAGAUAAUACAUGUAUGUAAGCAGCAGGUGAAAAUGUAUCGAUUGUCAUGAAGUAGGGCCCUGUUUUGAAUACAUUAAAAAGUGUAACCUCCCCGUACUUCCUUCCUUGACAUGACUACUGAGUUGACAAAUUAGACAAGACAAAAAGCAAGGUACCCAUCACAUUACUUUCCCCUUCUCUAAUUAAAUACCGGUAAGUGAACAUCUUGAGGAAGAAAGAAAAGUGGAAGUGGAUUAUUGCGUUUGAGCGGACCUACAAAUGCUUCAGUGAAAAUAAGCGUGAGAUACUACAUUUGAAAACUUAACAUAUACAGUGCCUUCAGAAAGUAUUCAUACCUCUCGACUUAUUCCAAAUUUUGUUACAGCCCGAAUUCAAAAAGGAUGAGUUUUUUGCCCUUUAACCAUCUACACACAAUACCCCAUAAUGACAAAGUGAAAACAUGUUUUUAGAAAAUGUAUUGAAUAUGAAAUACAGAAAUCUCAUUUACACAAGUAUUCACACCAGAGUCAAUACGUCUUAGUAUCAUCUUUGCACACCUGGAUUGGUCAAUAAUUGCACAUUCAUCUUUUUAAAAUUCUUCCAGCUCUGUCAAGUUGGUUGUUGAUCAUUACUAGACAGCCAUGUUCAAGUCUUGCCAUAGAUUGUCAAUCCUAUUUAAGUCAAAACUGUAAAUAGGCCACACAGGAACAUUCAUUGUGGUCUUGGUAAGCAAAUCCAGUGUAUAUUUGGCCUCGUGUUUUAGGGUACUGUCCUGCUGAAAGAUGAAUUUGCCUCCCAGUGUCUGUUGGAAAGCAGACUAAACCAGAUUUUACUCUCAAAUUUGGCAUGUGUUUAGCUCUACUGUUUAUUUUUUACCUUAAAACUCCCUCGUCCUUGACGAUGACAAGCAUACCCAUAACAUGAUGCAGAGACCACCAUGCUUGAAAAUAUGAAGAGUGGUACUCAGUGAUUUGUUGUGCUUGCCCGAAACAUAACAUUUUGUAUUCAGGAUAUUUCCUGACCAGUUAUUGAAGUUUUACUUUAGUGCCUUAUUGCAAACAGGAUGCAUGUUUUGGAAUAUUUGUAUUCUGUACAGGCUUCCUUUUCACCAUGGCAUUUAGGCUAGUAUUGUGGAGUAACGACAAUAUUGUUGAUCCAUCCUCAGUAGCUGAGUUAGGAAGGACCCUGUAUCUUUGUAGUGACUGGGAGUAUUGAUAUGGAUAUACCAUCCAACAUGUAAUAACUUCACCAUGCUCAAAGGAAUAUUCAAUGUCUGUGUUAACAUUUUGUUUUACCCAUCAUAGGUACCAUUCUUUGCAGGGCAUUGGAAAACCUCCCUGGCCAUUGUGGUUGAAUCUGUGUUUGAAAUUCACUGCUCGACUGAGGGACCUUAAUUGUGUGUUAGAAGUACAGAGAUGAGGUCGUCAUUCAAAGAUCAUGUUAAACACUAUUAUUACACACAGUGAGUCAAUGCAACCAAAGAAAUGUUUUACUCCUGAAUGGAUUUAGGCUUACCACGAAGGAGUUGAAUACUUAUUGACUCAAGACAUUUCAGCUUUUCAUUUUUAAUUAUUUUGUAAAAAUGUCUAAAAACAUAAUUCCACUUUGACAGUAUUGUGUGUAAUCCAGUGACACAAAAUCUUAAUUUAAUCCAUUUUAAAUUCAGUCGGUAACAACUAAAUGUAGAAAAAGUCGAGGGGUGUGGAUACUUUCUGAAGGCACUGUAUAGGCAGUGGGUUUUGGAGGUAUCAUAUGGGUGUUGGUUUGACAUCUCAUAUCCUAGUCACCUGAGGGCAGUUUGGUCUUCAGCAGGUUCUAUAGUAUCACACACACCUUCUUAUAGGGCUUGUGGAAGGGACACUGGGGCUCAGCCACCACUUCAAAUGCCCAAUCCCAAAUCAACCCUUAGCCCCUAUCCCCCUAGGCUCUUGUGUAGAUCUGAAAUUACUGGACAUGUAGCUUAGUGUUUAAGAGCAUUGGGCCAGUAACCGAAAGGUUGCUUGUUUGAAUCCCCGAUUCAA